AUGCUAGCCAAAAAGCUGCUCAGUUUCAAGCCAGGCUCGGCCGAGAACUUCGAGAACUUUCAUGACUCGGAGAAGAUGAAAACGACCCUGGACGAAAGCGGAGAGCAGGCCUACCGGGCUCGGGCUGGUCGGAAACGUCACAGUGUCCAGCUGGACAAGAAACUGACCCAGCAGCUGUUGAAUAUGGAUCGGCGGUCCAGCACCAUCAGCACGGGCACGGCGGACUCGCUGUCCUCCUACACCGGUAGUUCUUCAGACGAAGAUGAUGUUUCACCACGUGAGAAGAGCCAGAGAAACUCAAAGGGCUUCGGUGAUUUUUGUGUCAAGAACAUCGACCAUUCGGCAUUUGGCAGACGAGAGGUUGAGAUUGCUGAACAAGAAAUGCCUGGACUGGUGGCCCUAAGAAGGAGAGCCGAGGCAGAUAAGCCACUCCAGGGCGCCAAAAUAAUUGGAUGCACCCACAUCACAGCCCAGACUGCUGUUCUGGUGGAGACUCUGGCUGCUCUAGGUGCCUCCGUCAGAUGGUGCGCCUGCAACAUCUACUCUACACAGAAUGAAGUGGCUGCAGCCCUGGCCGAGGCUGGCUUUGCUAUCUAUGCCUGGAAAGGGGAGACAGAGGAGGACUUCUGGUGGUGUAUUGACAAGUGUGUUAAUGCUGAAGGCUGGCAGCCAAAUAUGAUCCUGGACGAUGGAGGAGAUGCCACUCACUGGCUGCUGAAGAAGUACCCGGCCAUGUUUAACAUGAUCAAGGGCAUCGUGGAGGAGAGUGUCACAGGAGUCCACCGUCUCUACCAGCUGUCCAAGACUGGCAAGCUGACUGUGCCCGCUAUGAAUGUCAAUGACUCUGUUACUAAGACGAAAUUUGAUAACUUAUACAGUUGCCGGGAAUCCAUUCUUGAUGCGUUGAAAAGAACCACAGAUGUCAUGUUUGGAGGCAAGCAGGUGCUCAUCUGUGGUUAUGGCGAGGUCGGCAAAGGUUGCAGUCAAGCUCUGAAAGGUUUAGGGGCUAUCGUCAGUGUGACAGAGAUUGAUCCCAUCUGUGCUCUACAGGCUUGCAUGGAUGGUUUUCGAGUGGUGAAAAUGGAGGAAGUCAUCAAGACCACGGAUUUAGUUAUCACAUGCACUGGCAACAAGAACGUGGUGACCAGAGCACAUCUGGACCGCAUGAAAAAUGGGUGCAUUGUUUGUAAUAUGGGCCACUCCAACACAGAAAUUGAUGUGGCCAGUCUACGUACGCCAGAGCUAACCUGGGAGAAGGUCAGGUCACAGGUAGACCACAUAAUUUGGGGAGACGGCAAGCGUAUCAUCCUGCUAGCCGAG